AGAACUUUACAUACGAAGAUCUCCAAAACCCUCACCAUAGCCGACGUCAAUGGCGAGCCCACGGUUGCUCCUCCGUUCUCCGACACUGAGGACCAUAUUUACUGUCCACCGCCGAUCUGUCUCCUCCACCACUGCGCCUUCUCAUCACAAUGACCACCAACGCAACCAAGAAUAUCUUUCCCCCAAUCAUUAUCUCAACAGCUGGAAACCACCGAAGGAUCCAAAGGAGGCUCAAGCGAAGCUCGAUCAGCUCCGUCGUGACUAUGCGAAAAAGGUUAAAGCCGUUCGCAAGGAGUACAUCCAUGAAAUGGAGCUUCAGAGGCUUGAGAAACAGAGGAAAGAUGAGAUCAAGAAGGAAGCUCUGAGGAUUGAAAGUGAAGAGCGUAGAGCCGCUAAAACCGCCGAGAAAAAGGCUAAAGCCGCCGAACGUCAGGUUGCUGAGGAGGAGUUCCGGCAAACUCUGCUGAAAGAAAGAGCCGAGAAGCUUGAAUACCACAAGAUGAGAGAGAAGAAGAUCAUGGAGAAGAAGAAAGAGAAGAAUGAGUUACUGCGUCGUCAAAGUUCCAUAUGGAUUGAUGAAGUUGAACUCGAGAAAAAGAUAUCAAAUGCAAUUUUAGAUAGUACUCCCCUAUGAAUCGUGCUUACAAACUCCGAUUCUUUUGGUAGAUUGAAUCUCUCUGUUUUUUUGCCUCUUGUUAAAACCUGCGAUGUAGACUUGAAGAUGACAUUUGGACCCUGGAAUAAGACUAGAAUUGCGUUUUAGUUU